AUGGGACAUAUGGAUGCUUUUUUACAGAGGGAAGAUGUGAAUAAUGAGGUAAUUGAGAAUAUAGAAAUUGAUUCUGGUGGAGGGGAUAGAGAUGAUGAUUUGUUGAUGAGUUUGAAUGUGGAUGUAGGAGGUGCUAAAAAGACUAUUGAGAAUGAUGGGGAAUUGAUUUUAGAAAAUAGGAAUGUGUCUCCUAUUGUUAAUGACUCAGUAAUUGCUCUGAGUAAGGAGGAGGAGAAUACAAUGGAAAGGGACGUUUCAAAGGAGAAGGUGAAUGAAGGGGAAGUUCCUGUUUGUGAUAUUAGUAAGCAAUUUCCUCCAUUUGUUAAUUCUUUUUUUUGGGUGAAUAAUGAAUAUUGUGCUCGUAGCAAAUGCUCCUUUUCUUUAGGUGAUGAAAAUGGUUUGGUGAGAAAUAAAGAACCUCCUGAUAAGGGGUUCUGUUCUGAUCAGGAGAGUUCCAUGAAAUGGGAAAAUCUCUCAAAUAAUAUGGAAGGCAUUAAAGAGCCUCUGGUUGAUCAAGAGGUUGCUAACUUUAUUAAUUCCAGUCCUAGGCAGACGCCUAGAGAACCUAAGAUGGAAUCUUCUAAAAUUAGAGGAUUUGCAUCUAGUGUGGGUUUAUCUUCUUUUGUGGUUAAAUCUCUUGCUGAGAAGAAUUUAUAG